AUGCGUUUCCUGCAAGCUUUUCCCUUUUCUCUACUGGGGCUCGCUGCUCAGAUCCCUGUGGAAGCUCCUGUGAAGCUGACCGACACUAUCAUGUCUGCUAGACCUGACUUUACCUUCAAGGAGGGCUCUGCUGUUUUCUCGCCGAAAGAUCUGAUUGAGCUGGCUAGACCUGGGACUGGAGUUGCAAAUGCAUUGGGAGAUCUUGCACUUGUGCCCAUCAGCAAGUACUCGUUAGACGAGAAGAAGAACUACAAGUCGAUAUUCAUAGCACCCAUUGAAUCAACCGUGCAGCCGUUGGAGAUACCUCUUGCCAAUGGCGGCGACGCGUUCUGGCUCGACUCGCGCACGGUUGCCCAUGCCGUUGUGGAAGGAGAAGAUAACGACAAGGUCACGUCCCUCUACGCGCUUUCUGUCAAGUUUAAGACCGAACCAUCUGCGGACAUCCUGAGUGUGCCCGAUUCUCCCGCCCUCAUCGGCAAGUUCCCUACCGCGACUGCUCAAAACUUCAAACUAUCCGUGAAGUCUGGCGUGCUCGUAUUCUCGGACUUAGUUCAUGCGGAUGGAGACAUCACCGCGGUCAAGAAGAAUGAUGAGGCUUGGGAGAACAGAGGAGACUCAGCAUUCGUGUAUGAUGAGACGUACGAGAGGCAUUGGGACACAUGGGCUGGUCCGAAGAGGCCGUCUUUGUUCUCUGUAAAGCUUGCUCAAUCUCCGGACAAGAAGUGGUCGCUCGGCACUGAGUAUGUGAACCUUCUGAAUGGCACGGGUCACUACUGUCCUGUUGAGCCGUUUGGUGGAACGGAGGAUUUUGACGUCUCGGAAACUCACGUCGUGUAUACCGUAAAAGACCCUGAGCUACCUGCAUCUUGGCAUACUAAGCAGAAUGUGUAUAUCGUUGAUCUGAGCGGACAGUCCAAGCCGCGAGAGUUGACGACUGGAAAGUUUGGCGCUACUCACAGUCCCAUCUACAGUCCGCAAGGUGACAAGGCGGCCUGGUUGCAACUAGACAACGAUGGCAGCGAAGCCGACAGAGCGAAGAUCGUAAUACAUGAUCUGACCAAAGAUGUGCAAUAUACACUCACGCAACACUGGGACCGCUCUCCAGAAGCAAUUAUCUUCUCCGACGAUGGCCGGUCUCUUUAUAUUACAGCAGGCGAACAUGCACGCGUCAAAGUAUUCGUGCUGCCCGUCCCGCCUACUCCAGAGUCAUAUACAACUGACCCAGCUUUUCCGCCCGAGUAUCGGAACCCUCUUGCACUUACGUCGACCGGCGCCGCUACAGCCGUCCAGCCUCUUCCCAAUGGCCGCCUCCUCUUCACGUACAGCUCGUUGACUUCACCAAACGAUGUCUACGCGCUCCGUGGGCUCGAGAGUCUUGACCUCCACUCCUCUACUUCUCGCAAAACUUUCAAGGGGAAGAUCGAACGGCUCACCCGGUUUGCUGAGAACGAUCUCAAGGAAAAGAGCCUCAGUGCAGGCGAGGACUUUUGGUUCGAGGGUGCGCUGGGUAAGCAGGUGCAGGGCUUUAUUCUCAAGCCUCCAGGCUUCAAGGAAGGCGAGAAGAAGAAGUGGCCGAUUGUACUGCUCAUUCAUGGAGGACCCCAGGGUGCUUGGGAAGAUCAGUGGUCGACGCGGUGGAACCCCAACAUUUUCGCCCAGCAAGGGUACUUCACCGUCCUCAUCAAUCCCACAGGCUCGACAACAUUCGGCCAAGAGUUUACUGAUGCUAUCUCCGGAGAUUGGGGAGGCAAGCCUAUGGAGGAUCUGCGCAAGGGCUGGGCAUACAUUCUUAACAAAUUCCCUGAGAUAGAUGCGGAUCGAGCCGUAGCUGCCGGUGCAAGUUAUGGUGGAUAUGCGAUCAACUGGAUCCAGGGCCACCCUGAGUACGGCUUCGGCUUCAAAGCCUUACUAUGCCAUGAUGGUGUUUUCUCUUCCGCCUACAACGGCUAUUCCACCGAUGAACUCUUUUUCUUCAAUCACGAGUGGUCUGGUCGCCCGUGGGAGCCUGAGGCAAAAGCAACUAUAGCAAAAUAUGACCCCGCAAACUUCGUACAUAGGUGGUCGACGCCGCAGUUAGUCAUUCAUGGAAGCAAGGAUUACCGUUUACCGGAGACGGACGGUAUCAGCGCCUUCCAUGCGUUGCAGCAACUCAGUGUUCCCAGCCGCCUGGUCAUUUUCCCGGAUGAAAAUCAUUGGGUAUUGAAUCAUAAGAACAGCCUGAAGUGGCAUUAUGAGGUGUUCCGCUGGUUUGACAAGUUUGUAGGCAAGGAUGAGUGA